AUGGCUACUCUUCCAAAUGAAUCAACCACCAAUGGUCCAACCAUUGAGGAUAUUCCAGAUGCACAAGAUGCUGCUCUCAAUGACAACACCAUUGAUACAAAACAAACUGUAUCAGAGGAAAUACCUUUAGAUCAACAAACAGUUGAAGUAUUCAAGAUUGGUAUAAAGACACCGGUUGAACUUGGUACAAUCAAUGUUCAGGUGACAAAGUUUGAUUUAAUUUCAGAUAUUCACAAGUACUUGCAAGAAACUACUGAGACUUGUUUACAUACUUCAUACAACUUGGUCUUAAAUGGUCAAAAGUUGAAUGAAUUUAGUGAAAUGGGUAGUAUCCAAGGUAUUAAAGAUGGUGCUAUCAUUGAUAUGGUUCCAGCAACAUAUAAUGAAAGAACAUCAAGAUUACAUAUUAAAAGAUUAAGUGAAAUUAUUGAAACUGCACAAGAAGAAUCAACAUUGAACAAUCCAUCGUUGUUUAGUUGUUUUUCAUGGACCGGUGAAAAUGAAAUCGAUCAAAAGAGAAUAGAAGAUGAAGAUUUAGAACAAGAAGCACAACAAGAGGAACAAGAAAAACCAAAAAAGGAACCAAAAGCUUCAAAGACUACUACUACUUCUUCUGUUAAAUCAUCGUCAUCUAAAUUAAGUAAAAAAGAGGAAAAACAAAAAGAAAAGGAAAAUGAACAAGAAGAACGUAGAAUGAUUAUAACCAAUGUAGAGGGAUACAAGAAACCAGAAUUAAAGGAUUUCUAUCCAGAGACUAUGAGAAAAUCGAUUCAAUGUAUUCGUUCUAUAUCCAUGUCUGGCUGGAACCCAGUACCAGGUUUGAGAAAGUUGUCUGGCGACCUUUUCUACUUGGAGAUUGGUGUACUCGACAGUCAAGAGAUUGUACAUGUCACUGCCAACUCGAACGGGUUCUUUGUCAAUAGCAGCACCUCUACCACCUUUAACCCUGCUCCAUCCACCACCCGUGCCAUCCAUACUCACAACCUCCACGAACUCCUCCAACAAAUCAGUCCACUCUUCCAGCGUGGUCUGAGUCAUAUCCUCCAAUCCAUCACCAGACGUCAUCCAUUUGAGUUGGUGCCACCCGUCGUCCCAUCCAACAGCUGGAUCUGUCGUCCUCAAGUCAACAAGUACACUGCUAGCCGUGCCAAUGAGUCUAACCUCAAUUUGCCAGACCCCGAGUUACGUGCUCAACCACGUGACUGGAACGAAGAGUUACAAAGCCUCAAGGAACUCGGCAAGGAUAGUGUACAGGAGCGUGUACUCCGUGACCGUGCCCUCGUCAAGGUCAAUGCCGACUUUGUCGACGCUGCUACCCGUGGCGCACAACUCGUCGUCAACAAGUCGAUUCCACCCAUCAAUCCACUCGAAAACGAACGUGCUCACAUGUUUGUCUACAACAAUAUCUUUUUCAGUUUCUCGUUGGACACUCGUGACACUUAUGCCGAGUGUGGAGGUGACCGUGCUGCCCGUGCUGCCGCCAACAAUGAUCUCCGUGGUGUAAAGCUUUUCAACUUGGUCGAUGUCGAAGGUAUCUCGACCAUCAACACUGCCAUCAUUGACUAUCGUGGUCACCGUGUCAUUGCCCAAAGUUUGGUGCCAGGUAUCCUCUCCAAUGAAAAGACAUCUGUCGUGCACUAUGGUUCGAUGGACUCUGGCAAGUCGAUUGUCGCCGACGCCGAGUUCCACACUCGUCUCCAAAAGAUUGCCAGCAUGUUGCAUUUGGCCGAGCGUGAAGUCUGCCCAAGCGACCUCUCCAAGCCACCCGUCAAGAUUUGCACCUCGUUUGAAAGCAAGGGUAUCAUUGGUACCGACGGUCGUCGUUAUAUCCUCGAUAUCCUCCGUGCCACCCCACGUGAUCCAAACUACCCCGACGCCAAGCACCAAAUGUACGUCUUGCGUCCAGAAUUGAUUGCCAACUAUACCGAAUACCUAAAGAUUGAAUUUGAAGAAAAGAAAAAGGCUGCCGCCCAACGCAAGGCUGAAGCAGGCGAGCAACAAAAGGAAACCACCGAACCAUUUGAAUUUAACCAAGAAGAACCACACGUUCGUUUCAAUCCAAAUCUCUUGUCUUCAGUUGUUUUGGGUGGUACCGAAGAGGAAAAGCAAACCGACAAGGAGGAGCUCGAAAAGAUUGGAGAGUUUCUCAAGGAAAAGAUGAUCAAUCGUUUGGUGCAAGAUUUUACAGUUUUCAACUCUACUCCAGUCGAUGGUCAAACACUCACUGCCAUUAUGCAUAGUCGUGGUAUCAACAUUCGUUACUUGGGUCUCAUCUCCCAACUCUGUAGCAAGAUUCCAUUUGUCAAGGAAUUGUGCUUCAACGAAAUGGUCAGUCGUGCUGCCAAACACAUUUUCAACGAAACUCUUCGUCAAACCGAUUCCUCUGAAAUGGCAAUCACCAUUUGUCAUUUCUUAAAUUGUUUCCUUGGUACUGAUACUGGUUCAGGAAUCUUAAAUAAUGAUAAUAAUAACGGUAAUGGAAAUGGAAAUGGAAACGGUAAUACUACUACUUCCGCCUCUACUACCACCACCACUUCCAACAUAAAGGAAACCAAAAAACAACGUCAACAAAGAUUAUUAAAUCAACAAUACCUAGACCAAAUGAAACAACAUUCAGCAAAGAAUAGAAUGUCUCAAAAGGGAUUGUGGGAGCAAAUUGCUCAAGCCGUAAAAGAAAAGUAUGGUUCUGAAAUCACUACACACUCUGUACCAAUUGAAAGCCGUAUCAGUGUACUCCGUUCACUGUGUCUAAAGACUGGUCUCCAAAUUGCAUCGUCCAACUAUGACUUUACAAAGGACGAGCCAUUCAUCCUCGGUGACAUUGUCGAGUUGGCCUGCGUCGUCAAGCACCUCAACCCACGUUCACCAGACGGAAUCGACAUGCUCGAGGCUGGCAAGGCUGCCCUCGCCAACAAGCGUAUCGACGAGGCCCGUGAGCUCCUCACCGAGGCACUCACAGUCUGCCACCAAGUACACGGUGCCAUCCACUCUGACACUGCCAUUUGCUACAACAACUUGGCCAUGGCUGCCUUUUACGCCGAGCAAUACGACCAAGCCGUCGAAUUCCAAAAGAACGCCCUCAUCAUCACCGAAAAGACAAUGGGUGUUGACCAUCACGACACCAUCCACUCUUACAAUAACUUGGCCUUGUUUUGCCAACGUGCUCACCACCCUACCGAAGCUAUGGGCUACCUCAAGCGUGUGCUCUACCUCACCGACCUCUUGGGCAGCGAGUUUAGCCCGGAACGUCCAUCCAUCUACACUAGUGUCGCCAUUAUCCUCCAAGAGUUUAGAAAGUUCCAAUUGUCUAUCGAGUUCCUCCUCGAGGCCAUCAAGCACCAACGUCGUCUCUUUGGCGAAGAAAAUAUCAUCUCUACACCAUGUCUCCACUCGAUCGCCUUGGUAUACGCUCAACUCAAGGACUGGAAGAUGGCCAUCCAAUACGAACGUGAAACUAAAAAGAUUUUGGAUAAGUACCUCCAACCAGAACACCCACGUGUCAAGGACAGUGAAAACUACCUAAGACACUUUGAAGCAGAAUUUGCCAUGGAACAUCAAGCCAAGCUCUCUGAAUUGCAUCGUCAACAACAAUUGGACAUCCAACGUAUUCAACAACAACAACAACAACAACUCUUACAAGUUGCACGUAAACAAAAAAAGGAAAAUCAACAAAAAAAGGAAACCAAGGAACCAAAGGAAAAUCAACAAAGAGAAAGAGACAAUAAUAAUAAUAACAAUGCCAUGAAUGAUAAUAUUAAUGAAAUUCUUAGUUUUGUUAAUGGUAAAAAGAAAUCAUCAAAAAAAUCAAAUAAAUAA